CACCAAACCUCUAUUUAUUCAUAGUUUAACUUCCCCACGAAACAGAAGAAGCCUUAACCUGAAAGCACUCUUUCUUCCUUGUUUUGUGAAAAAUUUCGUCCAAAAAAUCCGAAGAAGAAAAUCCUUGACUAUCUGAAGAUGGGUUCUGAAGGAAACAAGAUGAACGACGGCACGAGCUACCAGCCAUCGGAGCCGACCUUGUGCGCGAACGGCUGCGGAUUUUUCGGCUCGCCGGCGAUGAUGAAUCUCUGCUCAAAGUGCUACAACGAUUUCCAGAUGGAAGAACAACAGAAGGCAGCUGCUAAGGUUGCCUUGGAGAAGCUCGUGACGUCUCAGAAAAAGGCCGAUGAUGCUUUUCAUGUGGGUUCUCCAGAGUCUUACGGUACGGCCGCGGAGCAAGUUGAGAGGCAGGAGGAAGCGGCUUCGGCGCCGGCGGCGGUUGUGAAGAGUAAUAGGUGCUUUUGUUGCAAUAAAAAAGUAGGGGUGAUGGGGUUCACCUGCAGAUGUGGUAGUACCUUCUGUGGGCUCCACAGGUACCCAGAAAAGCACGAUUGUACCUUCGAUUUCAAGGGCCAGGGCCGGGAUGCCAUAGCCAAGGCAAACCCGGUGGUGAAGGGUGAUAAAAUCCAGCGGUUUUAGUUUGGAUGGGUUUAGGCCUGAGUCCGGAUCCGGAACCGACCCGGGUCGGAGUCGGGCCGUCGUGUGUUUCUAAAUGGGUUUCUUAGCUUGGUUAGGUUAGGUGGGUUGUGGUUGGAAGAAGUAAUUAUUGGUGAUACUGUGUAGGGUUGAGGACACGUUGGAUGGGGCGGGUUUAAUUGGAUUCGAUAAUAAUGUAGAAAAGAAAAAUGCAUUAUUAUUAUUAUUACUAUUACUGUUAUUGUUGUUGCUGGUUAA